AUGUUUAACCCUAGAAAAAUCUAUUCAGCAUAUGGGAUGUUCAAGCAAGCCAACUCCAAGCUAUAUGUCACUGCUGAUUUAAGGAAUUAUUAUUUUGUAAAAUAUAUUCAAAACUAUGAUUUUUACAUUAAUUUAGACAACCUUUCUCAUUGUUUAUCAAUCAACACAAAUAUUUGUUUCAAGUUGAGAAUGAAUAGUUUAAUGGAAAAAGUUUAUAAAAAUGCCAAUGGAAUGCCUAAGAAGUCAAGUUUCUAUCUUAAUGAGCUAUUCCACAAUAGGAAAAAUAAAUUAGAAUAUCAGCGAAAUGCUGGCUAUCUUUUAACUAUUAAUUUUAAUUAG